AUGUUCGACAAGACGCGGCUGCCGUUCGUGGCGCUGGACAUGCUGUGUGUGCUGCUCGCUUCCAUGCCCAUGGCUGUUCUAAAUCUGCGUUACAUAUACCCAUUUCAGAGAGGCUUUUUCUGUACAGACAUCAGCAUCCAGUACCCGUACCAUGACAGUACCGUCUCCACCACCAUGCUCAGCGUACUGGGGCUUGGGGUACCCAUUUCCUGUAUGGUCAUCGGAGAAGUCGUGUGUGUGUACUGUAACCUCUUGCACUCGAAUUCCUUCAUUAGGAAUAACUACGUGGCCACCAUUUACAAGGCCGUGGGCACGUUCCUAUUCGGCGCAGGGGCCAGCCAGUCCCUGACCGACAUCGCCAAGUACUCCAUCGGCAGGCUGCGGCCGCACUUCCUGGACGUCUGUGACAUAGACUGGUCCAAGAUCAACUGCAGCGACGGUUACAUUGAAUACUACGUCUGCCGAGGGAACCCGCACCGAGUGAAGGAGGGCAGGCUGUCCUUCUACUCGGGCCACUCCUCCUUCUCCAUGUACUGCGCGCUGUUCCUGGCGCUCUACCUGCAGGCCAGGAUGCGGGCGGACUGGGCGAGGCUCCUGCGGCCCACGCUGCAGUUCGGCCUCGUGGCCACGUCCAUCUACGUGGGCCUUUCUCGCGUGUCAGACUACAAGCACCACUGGAGCGACGUGCUGAUGGGGCUCAUGCAGGGGGCGCUGGUCGCAGUGCUGGUGGUGGUGUACGUGUCAGAUUUCUUCAAGGAGAGAAAAUCUUUUAAGGAAAACGAGGAGGCUUCGCAUACGAACCUGCACGAAACGGCCACGGGGGAGAAUCACUUCCGGAACAGUCACCAGCCUUGA